UGUCUUGAAGUGAUGCGAUUAAUUUCAAAAAGCAGAAUAAUAUACAAGAGUGCUGGGAAAAGGAUUAAAAAUAUUUGUCGGUUUAGGACGGUUACCGGCGCAAUUGCUCUGGAAAAUUUUAUACAUAGGAUACUUUACAAGAGAGAGUCGUUUUAUUGGCUACGUGUUAUCUUAUGACGAUGUGUCAUCAGUCAGUAGAAGGAUUCCGUGUUUCUUGCUGGAAAGUGCCCUUUACUUCAAAUGCACGGAUGGCUAGCUGCAUUCAGUAAACUUGAACUGGCAGAUAUAAUAUCAAAAUGGGCAAAAUCAGAUUUGUUUGAAAAUUUAAUAACACAUCCUCAAAGUGAUAGAUUAGAAAUAACAGUAAUUCGUAAGUCACGUGGCAUUAUUAUCCUUGAUGCAGGAGACUUAAAUGUUAUUUUGGUAAAUGGCAAUUCUGUCAUUGCAUUAUGUGACUCAGUAUGUAGUUUGGCAUCAUACCGUAUCAUGUUCACAGCAACCGAUAUUCCUCCAAGUGUUAUAAACAUGUUAUUGAUUGAAAAGAAAAGUUCUCAUGUUCUAGGUAUAAGAUGAAUGAAAUUCAAUUGUUCUCACAAAAGGGGAAAGAAAACUUGUGCGUGAAAUUCUACAUAUCUAAGAUAAUUGUGAUACCUGUUAAAUAAUU